CCCCGUCAGCUCCCCCGCGCGUGGGCAGGACAUGGCUUCAUCCUGACGCUCCCAGGACUCGGCGCUGGGGACCCCACGGUCCAAGACCGCAAAUGCAGAAACCCGCGCGCCCCUCGGCGAGGGAAGCCAGAUGCGUGGUUCCCUGAGAUUGGUUCACACCUCCAGGACUGUCCUUUCCCGGUCAAAGCCAGAUGUUCCUCGGGGAAACUCCUUAUUUAAUCUUUAAAAUAAUCCUCUUCAGGGCGUGGCCGGCGUCCUCGAGUCCAGGAGCCCCGGAGAAUUGGCCGUGAAUGGGCGGGACUAUCUCUGGUCCCCGAAGAGCGUGAGGAAGUGUCAGAGCAGAGCAUCAUCGGAAGGAGAUGUCUGUUAAACAUCAUCCGUAGCUGCAGUAGAAACAGUUUGGUUGACACUGAGUGUUUGGGUUUUCGGAGAAAUGCUAUUUUGGUUAAAAGAAGAAAUGGCCUCCCAUGAGCUCACCCGGCGACUGGCCACAGUGAUCACUCAUGUCGAUGAAAUUAUGCAGCAGGAAGUCAGACCCUUGGGGGCAGUGGAUAUAAUUGAACAACUUCAUAGACAAUUUGCCAUUCUUUCAGGAGGUCGGGGAAAGGAUGGUGCUCCCAUCAUCACUUUUCCAGAGUUUGUGGGGUUCAAACAUAUCCAAGAAGAGGACUUCCUGAACGUCAUGACCUACCUGACUAGCAUCCCCAGUGUGGAGGCUGCCAGCAUCGGAUUCAUCAUUGUUAUCGACAGACGAAGGGACAAGUGGAGCUCCAUAAAAGCAUCCUUGACACGGAUAGCUGUAGCAUUUCCAGGAAAUUUGCAACUCAUAUUUAUCCUUCGACCAUCUCGCUUUCUCCAGAGGACAUUUACUGACAUUGGCAUUAAAUACUAUCGAGAUGAAUUUAAAAUGAAAGUUCCGAUUGUUAUGUUAAACUCUGUCUCUGACCUUCAUGGCUACAUUGACAAAAGCCAACUGACAGAAGACUUAGGGGGAACUUUGGACUAUCGCCACAGUCAGUGGAUAAAUCAUAGAACUGCCCUUGAAAAUUUUGCCUUGACAUUGAAGACCACUGCCCAAAUGCUCCAGAUGUUUGGGGCCUGUCUGGCCAAGACAGAGCUGCCCAGAGGUGUACCAUCCACUGAAGACCUUCUCACAUCCCACACGAGGCAGUGGGACAAGCUGCAGGAUGAGCUUCAAUUACUUGAAAAGCAGGGAGCCACAUUGCUGUCUUGCAUUCAAGAACCAGUGACCAGAUAUCCCAUCAACAAACUCAAUCCCAAUGAACUUGAGAAUGCAAUCACCAUGGAGAGGUUAUUGGUUCAAUUGAAAGAAACUGAGAAAGCCUUUAGUCAGUUUUGGUCUGAGCAUCACCUGAAGCUUAACCAGUGCCUACAGCUACAGCAUUUUGAGCACAACUUUUGUGAGGUUAAGCGUGCCCUGGAAAAUUUGUUGGCAGAGCAAGCAGAGUUUACAGACAUUGGAGACUGUGCAAUGCAUGUGGAGCAACUUCUUCAGGAGCACAAAACUCUGGAAGAGAAAGGCCAGGAGCCCUUGGAAAAGGCCCAGCUCCUGGCACUCAUUGGAGACCAGCUCAUCCAAAGCCAUCACUAUGCAGCAGACUCCAUCAGACCCAGGUGUGUGGAACUCAGGCACCUCUGUGAUGACUUCAUCAAUGAAAACAAGAAAAAAGAUGACAUUCUAGCAAAGUCCUUGGAGUUGCAUAGACAACUGGACAAGGUCAGCCAGUGGUGUGAAGAAGGAAUCUACCUCUUGGCUUCCCAAGCUGUAGACAAGUGCCAGUCACGAGAAGGGGUUGACACUGCCUUGAAUGACAUCGAGACUUUCCUGAGCGCAGCGAAGGAUUACCAGUUACCCAACCCCAGGGACUUCUACAACCAGUUUGAGCUGAUGCUCACCGUUGAAGUAAAGGCCAAGGCUCAGAAAGUCCUGCAGAAGCUGGAUAAUGUGCAAGAUAUAUUUCACAAGAGGCAAAUGAGUUUGAUGAAACUCGCAGCCAGACAGACGCGCCCCGUGCAACCUGUGGCUCCCCAUCCUGAGUCCUCCCCAAAAUGGGUGCCACCGAAAGCCAGCCAGCCCUCCACUUUGGCUCUUCUUCAGAAAACAUCUGAGGAACCUUUUGUGGAGACAGAUUUGAACUCCCUGGAGAAGGAAUGUGAUGAGACAAAAGGUGAACUCAAGAAUGAAGAAAUACUUGAUCCUAGUGAUGAUGGGGAGAACCCUGCACAGGAGCAGAUUGAGAGUCCUGGAAGUCUUUCUCCCAGCAGGCGCAUUAUAUGUGACUUACUUGAAACUGAAGAGAUUUAUAUAAAAGAGAUUAAGAGCAUAAUUGAUGGAUAUAUCACGCCAAUGGAUUUUAUUUGGCUAAAGCAUCUGAUUCCAGAUGUUCUUCAGAAUAACAAGGACUUGCUCUUUGGGAAUAUUAGAGAACUUUAUGAAUUUCACAACAGGACUUUUCUAAAAGAAUUAGAAAAGUGCACUGAAAACCCUGAACUUCUGGCACGUUGCUUUCUCAAGAGAAAAGAAGAUCUUCAAAUAUAUUUUAAAUACCAUAAGAAUCUGCCCCGAGCCAGGGCAAUCUGGCAAGAAUGUCAAGACUGCGCCUAUUUUGGGGUGUGCCAGCGCCAAUUGGAUCACAAUUCUCCCCUUUUUAAGUAUCUUAGAGGACCAAGCCAGAGGCUUAUAAAAUACCAGUCGCUGUUGAAGGGUCUCCUGGAUUUUGAGUCUCCGGAGGAUUUAGAGAUAGUUCCAGGCAACCUUGAAGGAGGUUCAAUUAAGAAUGGGCCAAAGAGGACCAAGGAUUUGGCAUUCUCAGCUGAACUCCAGCAAGCUCUGGCUAUGGUGGAGGAUUUGAUCAAGUCCUGUGAGUUGGCUGUGGACCUGGCAGCAGUCAGUGGAUGUCCGGAUGACAUCAGCGGGCUGGGCAAGCUGUUGCUGUGUGACUCUUUCAACAUCUGGACAGUUAACAAGGAUCGUUAUAAGAUGAAGGAUUUUAUUCGAUUUAAGCCCAGUCAGAGGCAGAUCUACCUAUUUGAGAGAGAAAUAGUGUUCUGUAAGAUACGAACGGAGACCAGUGACCAGGGCUUUAUUCCUCAUCACAGUUUUAAGAAGUCCUUGAAGUUGAUGACACUUUCAAUUCACCAACUUGGAAGGGGGAGCAGCAAAAAGUUUGAAAUUGCCAACCAUAAUGGACUUGAGAAAUACAUCCUUCAGGCAGCUUCGAAAGAAAUCAGAGAUUGUUGGUUUUCAACACUAAGUAAAUUAUUGCUGGAACAACAAAACAAUAUUAAAGUUCAAGGAAAUCUACAGUUUGAAGGAGGCACUGCUGUCCCUACUCCAGCUGGUACAGGGACGAACACAUGCACCAUCGAAGAUAUGGAAUGAGGUACCAGUAGCAAGGAAAAUCUGGAUUAACGCACCGGUUCGAUCCCUGGCUGCUCCCCGCGGGAAUGCUCCUCCUUGGACACCUUUGACGAUUGUGACGGUGCAGAAGAUAUGGAAAAGGAUAUCAGUGCGCUGAGUCUCUCGGGACUUUUCCAGAUGGAUGACAAUUAUGAAACCUGUUCUUCCAAAUCUGCUCUGGAAACGGGAGAAAGCCUCCAGGGAGAAAAAGACGGCAAUGAGCAAGACUCGACAACAAACAAAACUGAAGAGAGUGUUGGGGAGCCCACUGGGUUGCUCGCCCUUGCCGGGGAGACGACUAGUUUCCAGGCAAAGGCCGUGGGAGCGAAGGAAGCCCACCUGCAGACCCCCGUGGCAGAGAACUGACACCCGUUCCAGACAGCCACGCUCCGGCUCAGCUGAGCCG